UCCACAAUGUAGCUACACUCAAUGACUGAAAGGGGGAAGCACAAAGAAAUAGGUUGCUUUAGUCCGAGAGGGUCUUUUAACUCACUCCAAAGAGCGAACAUAAUUUAAAAUUCAUUCAAAAGCCAGUGUUGGUCGCUAGGUUUUUACUUGCUUCUUUUUAAAAGGCGGGAUAUAUUUUAGUAUUGAUGUGGAAGUUUUUGUCAGCUGCCAGCUAACUAGUUAGCUAGCAAUCUGAGUUAACGCGACGAGUUUACCUCAGUUCAUUUCUGGUCGUAUACGCCGCCUUGGACAACUUACCAACUACUUGAUUUGUUCUGGCAUUCCUGAAGUGAUGUACAUACAGUUCCACACAAUUGAAUUUUCAAAAAUGACCAAGAGCCGCCGUGGCUUGACAAGAUAAGAUAUCACCACUCAAAGUGAAAGUUGAUUUCAGAAGUAACUGGAAGUUGUGGAUUUGACAACAGAGCUCAUGAAACAAAGCGUUGGUCUGGCUUUGUGAGAGGUUUGCCACUGGAAACCUAAUCAUUGCGGAUCUCAAGGUCAUAGUGAUGGGGCAGCAUAGAAAGACACUGUGAUCUGUGGCCAAUGCCAUCUGAGGGACUGUCUGUUUUUUAAAUCUGGCAGUGCAAGACCUGGAUCGUGGCAGCUUUGGCAUAGGCCUGAGGGUAUGUUGAGACGUCUCGCCAGUCCAGAGCAGAGGCGUCUCGGUGGUUCGGACGGGGACUGAAGGUGAGGAGGAAAGACAGACAAGGGACCAGGGAGGAAGACAUGGGCCAGUGUGUCACCAAGUGUAAGAAUCCUACGUCCUCACUCGGUAGUAAGAGUGGAGACAAGGAGAGCGGCCCCAAGUCCCACCACAAGAAAGGAUGCAGUGCUGGUGGGGGCCACAAAGAAGAGCCUAGUGCCCCAUGUAGCAAAGUCACCAAUGAGCUGUCAAAUGGCACCAAGGCCCCUGAGGUUACCGUAGAGACACCCGUCAUCCCGGCAGUAUUAGGGGAACCACGCAAGGACGAGCGUUUGGAUGGGGACGGACUGUCAUUGAUACGUAUUGAUGAGCUGUUCUGCUGCUACAAGGAUGAACACGAAGAUGCCAUCUUGGAGGAAGGCAUGGAGAGGUUCUGUAAUGACCUGUGUGUGGACCCAGCAGAGUUUCGUGUGCUUGUUCUUGCCUGGAAGUUUCAAGCAGCUACCAUGUGCAAGUUUACACGGAAGGAGUUUGUUGAGGGCUGUAAGGCCAUCCAAGCAGACAGCCUCGAGGGUAUCUGCUCACGUUUCCCCUGCAUGCUGUUGGAUGCCCAAGGCGAAGAAAACUUCAAGGACUUGUACCGCUUCACCUUCCAGUUUGGCCUGGAUGCAGAGGAGGGCCAGCGUUCACUUCAGCGUGAAAUCGCCAUUGCCCUGUGGCGCCUGGUUUUUACCCAGGACACACCUGCAAUCCUGGAGCACUGGCUAGACUUCCUGGCGGAGAACCCCUCAGGUAUUCGGGGCAUCUCAAGGGACACAUGGAACAUGUUCCUCAACUUCACCCAGGCUAUUGGGCCUGACCUGAGCAACUACAGCGAGGACGAGGCCUGGCCCAGCCUCUUCGACACCUUUGUAGAGUGGGAGUUGGAGCGCAGGAAAAAAGAGGAGGAAAAGGCACUGACGGCAAAAGAGGAAGAGGGGAGAUGUACUGAGACAGAGUGUUCUACCACCACAGAUAGACUUGAAACAGAGGGAAGCCGUGGCUCACAGACAUGGGGGGGCCACUGACCAGGAAACAAGAAAUAUUUGUAAGGAAGGGAAGGAUAUGACCUAUGUGUGAACUGUACAUCUGUGAAUCAUUGGAUGAAUAUUAGUAUUACCAUUACAGCUGUUCAUUUUGCUUUCCUUUUCUGUUGGGGUGGGAUUCCUGCUUUGCAACCUUGUUUUUUGGUUUCUGAAAGGGCUCUAAGAAACAUUAUGUUUUAAGCACUUCUAUUUAAGUUAUUGUUUUACCUUUGUCUCCUCCCAUAAGUGUUUAGUAAUUGGACAUGUGAUCAAUUUUAACCCACACUUUGUACCGUAACCCAGCUUAUAUAACUCAGUAAAGGUUUGGUUUUAAACACAGGCUACAGAAAGCCAUAACAUUUCCCCACAACUAUCGUACAAGACAUUUAAUUUUGGCCCAGUAACACUACGUUUUGCACAAGGAAACAGUUAAUAAUGAAGAAGGGAAAUUUGGGCCGUGUGUCUACAAAUAAUUACUUAAUACCAAAACGUGAGAUUUACCAUAGGGUUGAGGGUGAAUGGAAUCAUCUUUAUUGGACUAAUCUAGUUAGAUUGUAUGCUUUUAUCUUGCAGUGCUGUGAGAAUUAAUUGGUUGCACUUGUACUGCCUUUGCAACUGUUUGCCAGCAGUUCCAUGGUAAACAGUAAUGGAUUACAGUUCUGUCACAAGGGAUUUUUAUUUUUAAAAAUGAUACAAAGCUAUAAUAGCCACUUAAAAUCCAGGUUUUCAUGUUAACAGACCCACCCUCUCCUGUGUUGAGUGUUUUUUUUUUUUUUUUUGAGUGCAACUAGUGCAGCAAGCAGCUUAGCUUGUGUAAGCAGCUGGCUGUGCUCCCCAUUCACCUCUAGCAUGUACCAUUUUGAUGUCCACCUAUUUUCAAGAAGCGGUUAAGUGUAUACAACACAAUGAUGCUGGCUUUUCUCAGAUUUCUCAUAUCUAAUUUUAGAAAGUCUGUAACACAACAAAUUGGCUAAUGCUAGGUCUUCGUCAUUUCUUGACAGAUGAUGCAAAACUUGUGCACACCUCACAAAUGUUGACUGCUGCUGGUGAUGGUUGUUGUAAUGGAUUGCACAAUGCUUAGUUGCUAUACCUGCAAUGCUUUGCAGAGAGAUUGAUGUCAUCCACAUUAUUUCCAUUUUAAAUCUUUUUCAAACUGUAGAUUGAUCUCAAGUAUAGCCUAGGGUGUUUUGGGAUGAGUGAAUGGGUGUUAACUAGACAUUCUGGCUAAUCAAGAGUCUGAUAUGGGUCCAGUGUGGUAAGAGGGUGGCCAUAACCUGAGCUAUUUGGUUUACAUCAUCUACAAUGGUUUUAUUUCAGACCCCUUUGUCCUUUUUUAUAUAAAAUGUAUUGAUUUAUAAUAAAUAAAAACAGUGUUGAACUUUU